UUCUCUGUUUUUUUACUCAAAUCCGCUGAAACUCAACAUAAAAUACGGCAACAACACAAAGCUGUGCGCGCACUGGAGAGCGUGCGCGUGCGUGCGCUGCGGUUCCGCCGCGGAUCGGCUGCUUUACAUUUAUAUAUUUAAUUACUCCAGAGGAGGACUGCUGCUCAGGCAGCUCAGAGGGGUGGAGUGCAGUCCAUCAGCCAGGUGCGGCACUUUAAUGCUUCAGUUGGAUGGUUUUCCUCCUGGAGUUGGUGUUCAGGCUGAUCGAUCAGCUGGCAGACUGACUGGGUCCAUGAUGGAGCUCCAGACGUUGCAGGAGGCCCUGAAGGUGGAGAUCCAGAUCCAUCAGAAACUGGUCUCCCAGAUGAAGCAGGACCCUCAGAACGCAGAUCUGAAGAAGCAGCUCCACGAACUUCAAGCCAAGAUCACAGCGCUCAGCGAGAAUCAGAAGAAGGUGGUGGAGCAGCUGAGGAAGGAGUUGUUGUUGAAACAGGAGCCGGAGGCGAAGCUGCAGCUGCUGGUUCAGACUCCUCCAGGAGUCCACAUGAAGCAGAGCCAGCAGACACCUGGAGGACUGCAACAGACCCUGAUGGUGACGCCGGUCCUCACCACGAAGACUCUACCUCUGGUGCUGAAAGCUGCCGCCGCUCUGCCCGGCUCCGUCCUGCAGCAGCUCCUGCCCACCGUUGCUAUGGUAACCACGGCCAUCACCAAAUCCGACCUGCAGAACGCCCCCAUCAACCUACAGGUGGCCGGCAAGCUGACCGGUCAGAGCUCGGAGCCGGUGCGCCUGGUAUCCAAGAACGCCAUCGUGGUGCAGGCCACCACCACCACCCAGCCAAUCAAAGUUCCUCAGUUUGUCCCUCCUCCUAGACUGACGCCUCGACCCACCUUUCAGCCACAGGUCCGGCCCAAACCGGCCCCGCCCACCAACGUCCACAUCGCCCCGGCCCCUCCCCCGCCCAUGAUGGCGGCUCCCCAGCUGCUCCAGAGGCCCGUCAUGCUGGCCACCAAGCUGUCGUCCUCGCUGCCCUCGGCGGCGCCCAUCCACCAGGUCCGCAUCGUGAACGGCCAGCCCUGCGGCCGGACAGGCUCCACCCCCCUGACGGGCAUCGUCAUCACCACGCCAGUCUCCGCUAGCCCCGCCCGACUCGCCAGCCCCGCCCAGGCGCCCGGCUUCACCCCGACCCCCGCCAAGCCCAUCCAGAUCAGCAGCCUGACAGCUGAGCCCAAGCAGACUCUUAAAUCUGGAGGAGGAGCCGAGCAGAAGGUCGUGAUCAGCCUCCUCUCCUCCUCCACUCCUCCUCUGUCUCCUCCUCCCCCCCGACCCAAGAGAGAGGAGAACCCGGAGAAACUGGCCUUCAUGGUGUCUCUCGGCCUGGUGACUCACGACCACCUGGAAGAGAUUCAGAGCAAGAGGCAGGAGAGGAAGAGGAGGACCACGGCCAACCCGGUGUACAGCGGAGCCGUGUUCGAGCCCGAGAGGAAAAAGAGUGCCGUGAGUUACCUGAACAGCCCUCUGCACCUGGGGACCAGGAAGAGAGGUCGCCCACCCAAAUACAGCAGCGUCCCGGAGCUGGGCAGCCUCACCCCGACCUCCCCCUCCAGCCCCGUCCGUCCCCUCCCCCUGCCCAGCCCCAGCUCUGGGGAUGGAGACAUCCAUGAGGAUUUCUGCACUGUGUGCAGACGCAGUGGCCAGUUGCUCAUGUGCGACACGUGUUCUCGUGUUUAUCACCUGGACUGCCUGGAUCCACCCCUGAAAACCAUUCCUAAAGGCAUGUGGAUCUGUCCAAAAUGUCAAGAUCAGAUCCUGAAGAAAGAAGAAGCCAUUCCCUGGCCUGGUACUCUGGCUAUUGUUCAUUCCUAUAUCGCCUACAAAGAAGCGAAAGAAGAGGAGAAACAGAAGCUGAUGAAAUGGAGCGCUGAACUGAAACUGGAGCGAGAGCAGCUGGAACAGAGAGUCAAACAGCUGAGCAGCUCUAUAACGAAAUGCAUGGAGACCAAAAACACCAUCCUGGCCCGUCAGAAGGACAUGCAUCUGUCCCUGGAGAAAGUCAAACACCUGAUUCGCCUCAUCCAAGCCUUCAGUUUCAACCAAGCUCUGGCGGAGACAGAGGGGAAGGACGUCAGCGCCAGAAGCCGGGACAGUGCUGACGCCGCAGCGGAAGCCAACUCUGUAGAGGACCUGAAGGCUGGAAACUCUUCAAGCAGCGCCGACGGAAACGACAAGCAGGAGGAGCUCGGAGCCGCGGAGAACAACCAGACGACGGGGGCAGCGGACGGCGACAGCGACAGCCAGGUUUUAAGAGGAGACAGCGCGGUUCUAGCGGCAGAAAACAGCCCCGGUGGAGAGGCAGAGGGUAAGGCUGGGCCUGGUGACGGGGCAGGCGGGGGGGGAGACACAGGGACUAGUGUCCCGGUGGCGGUUGUGGCCACACCUGAGACUGAGGCCGCCCCGGUGGUUGACAUUCCCGCCCCCUCAGUGGUUGCCAAUGUGGCCACCACCAACGGUACGGCCGAGCCGGCCCACGUCGUCAGCCCGGCAGGAGCCUGCGCCACCACCACCCACUCUGAGAACAAGAUGGCUGCCGCCAACCCCCCAGAGACAGCGGUGGAAAAGAAGCAGGAGGAGAUCACUGACAGUGAUGGCAAAAGCAACAACAACAACAACAACAGCAAAACCUCAGAACCCUCCCAGCAUUCUUUGCCAGCUCUUGUCAUCAGUUUGGACAAUAAGAAGUAAUGCUCCUUCUCUCCAGUUACGGGAAUUCAAACAUAUAUAUAUGAGAAAAAAAAGACUUUUGCUUCCACCGUGUACGGUGUCCUGAAGUUGCCAAUCUGUAUAAAUGUUGUUUGUUUGCAUUGUAUUGUCAGACUGUGUCAAUGGUAGAUAUACAGCCCAAGUCACAUGACUGGGAAGACGUAGGCUGCCCCCCCCCCCUCCCACUGAGCUGGGGUACAGGAAGGCUUACGCACCAGUGUCAUCAUGCCAAUUAGUGAUGGACGUCAGCUCAAAGGGAGUUUAGUUCAUCAUCACACCAGUGUGUGCCUGUUAUAGUGGCCCCUGUGUUCCCUUGUGUGAUGGGGAGAUGGGUUCCCAUGGGUACGGAGAACAUGGACCCAACCAUCUGUCGGGGGUUACUGGUCUAAAGCAGUGUUGUGAUAGAGUAUGAGUACUGAAAAGAGAGCCUGUUCGUCCCCUCUCCCAACCAACUUAAUGUGAACACCCUUUAUCUUCGGCUGCCCCCCACCCCUCUUCCUUUAAAUAGCCCUAAACCAAUAAGUCUUAUCCAUGACCCCUCCUCAUUUUAAACAGACUUCUCCGAUACACAACAUCUUUCACCAUUUUCAGUCCACAAAAACCUGAAACCUUCCCCAACAAGUUCACCCCAACGAUCCAACGUGAACUCACUCAUUCACCCCGAAAGGUUCAGAGUACUUCAAACCGACUGGCUCACGAACACGUCUGCAGCCGAAAUACGAUCAAUUGAAUUAAAGUGGGGGAACGGCACACACUUCGGUCCUCCGAGGGUUUCACGGUGUUGCUCUCGCCGAGACACACCAGACAAAACGAGAGCUUGAUUUUGGAUUGUCGGUUUCAGAAUCAGAACGAUCCCCCGUUGUAAAGGUGUGGGUGGGAUGUCCUACGUCCGACCUCGAGGGUAUGCUUCAAGCACAAAGCAUCCCGAGCCUUUUAAAUCAACUCCACUAACUUCCCCAUCAAGCACAAACUGAACCCUCUCCUAUCAACCGAUACGAGUCACACCCCUCCACUAAAACCAAAUCUCACCCAUUCCAAAAUAACCCUCAAACUAGUGGACCCUGUUGUCCACAUAGCAGACCCUCAAAGGAGUCCGAAACAUGACGAGAUGUGACGAGUCCUGGCUUACCUUCCCCAGUCCACUGCCUAUCCAAUUAAACUCAACAUUCCUAUCUCAAAGGACCAAUGGUCGUAAUAUCCCCUUACCAACCAACAGUCCCAGCUCAUUGGACCUCCCCUCCCCAGUUUGUAUGAAGUACUAUUUGAACUGUGGAAAUUCAAAUCCUUCGUUUGACGCUGUUUGUUUGAAGUGUGUCGACUCCUACAAGUCGUCUACACUCGACAGAAAGAAACACAACCCUUCCCAUUAAUCCAUAGCGACUGAUCCUGAACUCACAUCCAGUCCCCCGAUGGUCCAACGUGACCCCCUUUCCAACGACUUGGUACGAGGUCGAUAAAACGGAUGAACCUGCAUCGAAGAGAUGGAGAAGACCUUCGGACGAUCUCUCAUCUAAGACAUUCAUGGUUUCAUGCGGUUGUCAGUCUCACCACCUUGUUGGCUUUGGGAAGGUUGUAUCGCCCCCCCCCCCCCCCCCCACAGUGCCCAUGUCAGAUGGGUCUAUCCUGAACUUCCCCAUCCAUGACCUUAUUCUCUCGCCCCAAACUCCAAACGUACCUUCCCCGGUUCGUCGGCAAUCUUAUUCGGCCUGUUGGAACCGACCCUCACCCAAUAAGACUCGACCGCCUCCCGGUGGACCAAUUACCCCCCCCCCCCCUCUCUCUUCCCCACUUUUAUCCCUGAGCUCAGGCAGAAAAGAUACCCGUAGGACGAGGUGGAACAAGGCGCGCGGUAGCCUAGCAGAUGUUUUCAGUGGUGUCGGUUAAGUGUAGUGAUUGAGUUUUUUCAUUCGUGAGUCAAGUGUGUCAACUGUGAGCACUAAAUGUGAAAUUGCAAUAUUGCAAUGUCAACACACACACACUAUAUCUGGGCUGUGUUUCUGUUUUAUAGGAAUAGAUAUUCAGGUCUUCCUAGUCUUCAGAAUAAGUGCUUUCUGUUCCUGAACCUGCUGUCCUGGCAUGGUCACACAGAAAGGAACCCUCUUUUUGAAGUGGUAGUCUUUGCAUUAUGUACAUUUCUGUUGAAUCCUGAACUGCCAAAAUGAUGUUGUAUCCACAUUCAGCAGGAACAAGUCCACUUACUGUAUUGACCAAUCAAAUCAUUGGCGUUGUAAGAUAGAGAUGCUACCAUUUCAGAAAUUGGAAGUCCCCAGAUCUAGACAGGAGAGCUUAUUAAACAAUAACACGAAAAGGAACUUUUUAGUCCUUGAACUGGAGGGAUUUGUUGUAUGAACCUUCAGAUGGAUCUCAAAGGACGAUACGACAAAUCCUGACAUUAAAGCACAAGCUUUCUGCAUUACAAGGAGGUGCUGCGGAGCGUUUUGUAUGUUAAUAUGGAAUUAAACAGAGUAUGCAUCUCUUU